AUGGCAGGUCUUCUCGCGUCCUUCCUGCGCGCCCGUGGGGUCCUCGUCCUCGGCGUCGCCGGCGCAGCCCUCUUCUACCUCGAUAUGCUCGAUGAGGCCCUCGCAUUCGCGCAGGCGUAUGGCUGGUUCCUUCUCCUCGGCGCGGGCGUCGUCCUGUACGCCGACCACCACCUUGGGCAGCUCCUCGUUCGCUGGGACGUCGCGCGCUCGCUCCAAGUGGCCAACGAUCCAAGCCGCGUUGACAUUCUUCGCAUUGAAGCGCGCAAGGCGCGGGAGCGCCAGCAGCUCGAGCUCGAGGCUCAGAGCAAAGCCCACAAAGAAGCGGCUGCCGUAAAGAAGAAGGAAGCCCGGAAGCCUGCGGCAUCCCCGCGCCGCCCGGAGCACGACGACUACAACCCGCUCACGGGUGCGACGAGCACGGCGCGCUACAAGCCAUCGGGCUUUGCGCGCCCUCGCGGUGGAUGA